AUGAGCUCGUACCUCUCAUCCUUGACCACCUCUUCGGCCAUCUCUGGCCUGGGCUCACGGCUCACCAACCUUCGCCGUGCCAUUACCCUAGGCGACGAGGGAGACGACCCCGACAACGAAGAUUGCUCCCACAUCUCCAACGCCCUUCGAGCCUAUUACACCGAAAAAGGCCGUCCAUUCCCACCAUGGCUCCCACAAGACCCCAAGGGUCCGGCUCCGGCACAAUCCCGCCCGAUUGCGACUUCCCAGCUACCCUCCGGCGGCUACAGCCAGGGGCCGCCCGCCAACCCCUCUGGCCGGAGCGGCGGUCUAGGUGACCUAUGGGGUGACUCCCCCACAUCCCAAUCCUCCGCACCGCAGACAGCCAGUCUUCGUCGCGGACGUGGCGGCGCAGCACCACCGCUUACCUCGGCCAAUAGCGCGCCGCCGGCUGCCACAUUUUCUCAGUCCCGUUCGCCUGCUGGAUCAGGCUCCUCCAGUCCAUCUGGAGCGCGACCAUUGCCCAGCCAGCGAGCUGGGUCGCAUCAGUCUUCCCAGAGUCGUCCAAAUCUCGAUCGUGCGGGGUCGGGUGGUGGUUCAGCCCAGGAGCGACUGCGGGCCAGGUUACAGGGAGGGAGGUCUCCUAGUCCCAAUGUUGACCCUAGUGUUCGGAAGCCUGUUGGAAUGUCUGGAAGACGGUAA